GCUGGCUUGUGGCUAAAGUCGCUCUAAGCUAAUAAUUUGGUUUAUUCAUUUGUAGAGAUCCGGGAUGCCCCGACGCUGCUGGAAAUGCCUCAGAAGGUAAAGGGGAAAAGUUCCUGCAAUCAAAAAAAGUUCCUGGAUACGCUUUGCGAUGAGCUUGAGUAAACUAUAAGUAGUUUUGGACAGCUUCGGCGAGGAGGUUAUUGGCUUUAACGCUUACAAGUUUAUAAAGCUAACUCUAUGCCAGCGUUUGCUAAUGUUAGCGCAAUAGCGUUAGCCUAGCCUGCUAGGUAAAUAUUGUGACUGCCUCUCGGAGUUUCCUGCAUCUGCGUCCACGUUGUCAACAUAAGGACUUUGUCAUCGGUGGUCAUUUUGAACCUUUUCAAGUACAGCAGUGGGCUUCGCUUCAACGAGAUGGGUGUUUUUUUGUUACGUUACACACAGAGCUAACUGGCUAUCGUCAGCCUGUUCGAAUGUUAGCUGACAUUAGCUAACGUUGCUUAGCCAGCCAGCAACUUCGGCAGGAGAGUUUCGGCAAGCUAACUACGACAGUACUGUCGCUCACAAUCAUCCUCUGCUACUAAAAGCAGUCCACCUGUAGUCAUGUUUGAAAUCGAGACACAUAUAUCGUGCCUUUUCCCGGAGAUUCUGGCCAUUAUUUUCAGUUAUCUGGACGUAAAAGACAAAGGAAGAGUGGCGCAAGUGUGCGCGGCCUGGAGAGACGCGUCCUACCACAAGUCGGUAUGGAGGGGGGUGGAAGCCAAGCUCCAUCUGCGGCGAGCUAACCCCUCUCUGUUCCCCAGUCUGCAGACCAGGGGAAUCAAAAAAGUUCAGAUUCUCAGUCUGAGGCGAAGUCUGAGCUACGUGAUUCAAGGGAUGCCACACAUCGAAAGCCUUAACCUGUGUGGAUGUUUUAACCUUACAGACAACGGACUCGGACAUGCUUUUGUGCAGGAUAUCCCAUCCUUGCGAGUGCUGAACCUCAGUCUUUGUAAACAGAUCACGGACUCCAGCCUGGGCAGGAUUGCCCAGUACCUCAAAAACUUGGAGGUGCUUGAACUUGGGGGAUGCAGCAACAUCACAAAUACGGGCCUGUUGCUCAUUGCCUGGGGCUUGCACAGACUCAAGAGCCUUAACCUGCGCAGCUGCCGGCAUGUAUCUGAUGUGGGCAUCGGUCACCUGGCUGGCAUGACCCGCAGUGCUGCAGAGGGCUGCCUGUCCCUGGAGAAGUUGACCCUGCAGGACUGCCAGAAGCUGACUGACCUUUCGCUCAAGCAUGUCUCAAAGGGCCUAAACAAGCUCAAAAUGCUCAACCUCAGCUUCUGUGGAGGGAUAUCAGAUGUAGGAAUGAUUCAUCUGUCACAUAUGACUCACCUGGGCAGCCUGAAUUUGCGGUCAUGUGAUAACAUCAGUGACACAGGGAUAAUGCAUCUUGCCAUGGGCUCCCUCCGGCUGUCUGGACUUGAUGUGUCCUUCUGUGACAAGAUUGGUGACCAAAGCCUGGCCUACAUCGCCCAGGGUUUGUAUCAACUUAAGUCUCUUUCUCUUUGCUCCUGCCACAUCAGUGAUGAUGGCAUUAACAGGAUGGUACGCCAGAUGCAUGAACUCAAGACUCUGAACAUUGGACAAUGUGUGAGGAUCACAGACAAAGGGCUGGAGUUGAUAGCUGACCACCUGACCCAGCUGACAGGAAUUGAUCUGUACGGUUGUACUAAGAUUACCAAGAGGGGUCUGGAGAGGAUAACGCAGCUCCCAUGCCUUAAAGUGUUAAACCUGGGACUGUGGCAGAUGACAGAGAGUGAGAGAGUAAGGUGAAGGCUUUCCAGUUUAGUGUACAUGUGUUUCAUCUUGUAUGAUGCUCAGUUGCACACUGAGAGAAACUGCCUGAAUCCAUUUUUAAUUUUACCUUCUAUACUGUGACUAAAAACAAGGAGGGGGGACUCAGAAUUGAUCACUGGAAUAUUGUUCACGUCCGCUGCAAUACUCCACUCUAACUCAAAUAUAUCUCUUUUGACGUGCAUUCUUUAAUCUCAGCCUGUGUACACUUCUUCUUACUGUCUAGCUACCUCACCUGUCAAACACAGGAGUGCCUACUACCGCUGAAUACUAGAUUACAUUGCAUAUUUUUGUGGCUUAUGUACCAAUGGAGAUUUUGAUAUUUUUUUUUUAAAAAGAUCUCAUUGCAGAAUAAUAGGCAUUUUAUCUCUUAACAGAAAGGCUGGAGUACCUUGGAUUGAAGUUUUGAUGGAAUGUUUUUUGUUUUUUUGUUUUUUGGCUGAUGUAUUUUUUAAUAAUGUAAUCAAUAUUUUUUGUAUUGAAUGACUGUUGUUGACAAAGUUGUACUUCAAAUUGAAGUGGGUGGAUCACUCCUGUCUGUCUGUGUUUACCUACGGUAUGUAUAGUUGACCAUGUCUUAUAUUCCUGAGGAAAUAAGUGUUUUAGUGUGCUAGUCUGUCAAAGGUUCAUCACAACAACUACAGUAAGGCGUAGUAAUUAACCGCUGCCAAGGCUAUAUGCAAUACCUUAAAACUGUAUAUUGGUGGUUUUUCUCCCGAGGAGCUUCCAACAAUAGUGUCAGAGUAUUUGUUUAAAAAAAAAAAGCAGUAAUUUAAGAUUGUUUUAUAUUCUUACAGUAGUGAUAUUUAUGAAUAAAGAUUCCAAAUAUGUU